AUGGUGUUUCUCUCCCAGAGCCAGUUGUGGCUGCUGUCGCAGCGCUCGCAGCAGCAGCAGCAGCGGCGGCUGCUGCGGUGGAGUAAACAGCAGCAGCAGCAGCGAAUGCAGCAGCAGCAACAGCAGCAGCAGCAGCAGCAUGCAGCAGCAGCAGCAGCAACAGCAGCAAAGUGGAGAGCUCUCGAAGACCCCGUGCUGCUGCCUGCUGCUGUCAACCUGCUGCCGCAGCACCGACGCUUGUGUGUCUUGUGUUUAGAUAUUCGUGCUGCAUGCGGGGCUGCAGCAACUGAGGCCUUGCAGCAGCACCUAGCUGCUGCUGCUGUUGCUGCUGGAGUUGGUGGUGGUUCUGAUGGAGAAGUAGGAGGUGCUGCAGGCAGCAGGAGGAGCAGCAGCAGCACGAGCAGCAGCAGCGGGCGGCGCCGCAGCAGCAGCAGCAGCAGCUUGCUGCCUGCAGCAGAAGAUGUUGUGUGGAAUGUAUGUGACUCUGGCGCUGCGCUGCGCUGCCUCGCCCUGAGCUGGCUCUCAGACCACAACAUACCCAGCACGGUGCAGCUGGUGCAGCAGCAGCAGCAGCAGCAGCAGCAGCAGCAGCAGUUGAGGCAGCAGCAGCUGAAGCAGCAACAGCUGCAGCUGCAGCAGCAGCAGCAACAGCUGCAGCAGCAGCAGCAACAACAGCAGCAACAGCAGCAGCAACCUGCCCAUGGCACCCGUCAGGCAAUGCGCUUGUCUCCAUACAACACCAAUAGUAGCAGCAGCAGCAGCAGUAGCAGCAGCUCUAGUACAGCAACAGCAGCAACAGCUACAGCAGCAGCAGCAGCAGCAGCAGCAGCAGCAGGUACGGAGGGGGCUUACACCCUCAACGUGCUGGAGCUGCUGCUCAAGAGUCUGCAGCAGCAGCUUGCUGCAGCGCAGCAGCGGGAGGCUGACUUCACUUUGCUGCUGCAGCUGCUGCAGCAGACUAGGAAGCAGCAGCGGCUCGCCUUGCAGCAGCAGCAGCAACGGCAGCUUUCUGCUGCUGCUGCAGCUGAUAUCAGCAGCAACAGCAACGGCAACAGCAGCAGCAGCAACAGCAACAGUAGCUGCUGCAGCCCUGCAACGAACAGCACACAUUGCUCCAGCAGCAAGCAGCAACAGCAGCAGCAGCAGCAACAGCAGCAGCAGCAGCAGCAGCAGGAGCAGCAGUUGCAGUGCGUGCUGGAGGUGAGUGCAAGCGAUCCCAGCAGCGGGUGGCAGCUGCGGGAUCGUUUGCUGUGGUGUCUUGACGCCAGCGAUGCUGCGGUGUAUGCGCAGGUGCAGCAGCUGAGUGUUGAGCUGCUGCUGCCUCGUAGGCUUGCUGCUGCUUACUUUGUUGCGCUGCUGCGGCAGAUCAGCAGCAGCAGACAGGCACUCGUGCUGCAGCAUCAGCAGCAACUCAAGGAGGCCCACAAGGCAUGGGGUCUGGCUCCCCCCUUCUGCUGCAGAGGCGCAGCAGCAGCAACAGCAGCAGCAGCAGCAGCAGCAACGCCAACAGCAGCAAACGCUACUGCUGCUGCAGCAAGCACCGGAGGAGCAGCGGGACAGCAAGACACGCAGCCUAACGAUGCUGGUGCUGCUGCAGCAGACUCAGCAGCAGCAGCAGCAGCUGCUGCUGCUGCAGCGAUGACUAACGGCUCUCCAAGCAGCAGCAGCGCUAGGGGCACCGGCACCGGCAACAGCAGCGGAGCAACUGCUACAGGGAUACAGCAGCAGCAGCAGCAGCAGGAGCAGCAGCAGCAGCAGCAGCAGCAGCAGCAGCAGCAGCAGCAGCAGCAGGGUGUGAAUCAGCUGCGAGGCCGCAGCAGCAUCUUGCGUAGCCCCGAGGGCUCUGACUCUCUUCUCUCGCCGUGGACAGACGCCGUGCGGCGAGUGGAGCGGACCUGCGUGACCCCACCGCGGCCGCUGCUGCUGCGCUGCAGCAGCAGCAGCAGCAGCAGCAGCAGCAGUGAUAGCAGCAGCAGCAGCAGCAGCAGCAGUGAGAGUGAUAGUGACAGCAGCGACAGCGAAGCGGAAACAAACCCUGGCUGCUGCAGACUGAAUCGCAGCUGCAAGGCAAGGAGCCGCAAACCCAGCAGCAGCAGCAGCAGCAACAGCAACAGCAGCAGUAGUGAUAGCAGCAGCUGCAGCAGCAGCAGCAGCAGCAGCAGCAGUCCCUAUCCAAGCAUACUCUCGAAGCUUGACCGGGAUAUAUCUGCUGCUGUUACUUCUUGCUGCGCUGCUGCUGCUGCUAGGCGGCGACUUGCUGCUGCUGAGGCGGUGGCGCUAUGGGUGUGGAGGCCCAGGGGCAGCACGCGUCUAGCAGCAGCAGCAGCAGCAGCAGCAGGUGCAGCAGCAGGUGCAGCAGGAGUUGCUGCUGCUGGUAUGCGAUACGCCUUGGGGGCCCCUCCUGCUGCUGAAGCUGCUGAUGCAGCAGCAGACGGGCCAGAGAACUGCAACAUUCCGCUGCAGCUGCUGCAGCAGCAGCAGCAGCAGCAGCAGCAGCAGUGGGGCCCCACACUCACCUGGUCUCCAGGGGCGCAGCAGUGGCACAGGCGGCUCCCUCCACCCAAGCGGAAACGACGCUAG